ACUGGAAAGUGUUAACUAGAAUUCGCAGCAGUCAGACCAGCAAUCAUCACCAGACAGACAAAAGGAAACUUCACACACGGGAGGGGAUACCGUAAAUGAACGAACCAUAAACCAUAGACGGGAUCCGACAAAAAGCCUGCCACGGUGUGGGGUUUUCUGUACCGGUGUGCCACGGCAGCCCCUGGUGCUGGCAUGGGCGCCAACGUCUCGCAGCUGGAGCGGGAGAUCGGCUCGGAUCUGUUUCCGGCCAAUGAGCACUACUUCGGGCUGGUGAACUUCGGUAACACCUGCUACAGCAACUCGGUGCUGCAGGCCCUGUACUUUUGCAAGCCCUUCCGCGAGAAGGUGCUCGAGUACAAGGCGAAGAACAAGCGGCCCAAGGAGACGCUACUCUCCUGCCUAGCGGAUCUCUUCUACAGCAUUGCCACGCAGAAGAAGAAGGUCGGCUCCAUUGCCCCCAAAAAGUUCAUCACGCGUCUGCGCAAGGAGAAGGAGGAGUUCGACAACUAUAUGCAGCAGGAUGCCCACGAGUUUCUCAACUUUCUGAUCAAUCACAUCAACGAGAUCAUCCUGGCCGAACGGAACGCCGGACCCUCGCAUGGCAAUGGCAACGGCAAUGGAAAGUCGAGCGGUGGCGGAGCCAGCACCUCUCAAAUGGCCACCAGCACGGCCAGCAAAUCGAGCUCCACGUCCAACUCGAACUCGAACUCCAAUUCGACCUCCAAUUCGACGACGACCAAUGGGAACAGCAGCAACUCCACGGGCUCCCUGAAUGCCGCCGCCGCCGCCACCACGAGUGUCCUGGAUGCCAGCGGCGGUCUGACGGCCACGACCACGCCUCUGGUGCAGACGAACGGCGCCAAUUCGGAGCCCACCUGGGUGCACGAGAUAUUUCAGGGCAUUCUGACGUCCGAGACGCGUUGCCUCAACUGCGAGACGGUGAGCAGCAAGGACGAGAACUUCUUUGAUCUCCAAGUGGACGUCGAUCAGAACACAUCGAUCACGCACUGUCUGCGGUGCUUCAGCAACACGGAGACCCUCUGUUCGGACAACAAAUUCAAGUGCGACAACUGCUGCAGCUACCAGGAGGCCCAGAAGCGGAUGCGCGUCAAGAAGCUGCCCAUGAUACUGGCCCUGCACCUGAAGCGAUUCAAGUACAUGGAGCAAUUCAAUCGCCACAUCAAGGUCUCGCAUCGUGUUGUCUUUCCGCUCGAAUUGCGGCUGUUCAACACCUCCGACGAUGCCGUCAAUCCGGAUCGACUGUACGAUCUAACGGCCGUGGUCAUACACUGCGGCUCGGGCCCAAAUCGUGGGCACUACAUCAGCAUCGUGAAGAGUCACGGCCUCUGGCUGCUGUUCGACGAUGAUAUGGUCGAUAAGAUUGAGGCCUCCACCAUCGAGGACUUUUAUGGCCUCACCUCGGACAUACACAAGUCCUCGGAGACGGGCUAUAUAUUAUUCUAUCAGUCAAGGGAUUGCGCCUAGGGAUCAUAGAUCAUAGAUCCUAGAUCCGACAUCCUAUUUCAUGUUUAUUUAAAGACUUUUAAGACCAACAUUUUAAAGACCAUUACGAGUAUCUAUCUAUCUAUCUAUUCACCAACUUUGCUUACCAAUAAAUAAAACAAAAAAAAAAACAUGC